UGGAUGCUGCGGUGGAGGUGGCAUGGGAGGAGGGUCCGGUGGUGGAUCUUCAGGAACCAAGAUCAUCAUUGGAGGUGGAGGCGGGUGGCGGAUCCUCUGGAUGCUGCGGUGGUGGAUCUGGUGGUGGCUCCUCAAAGAGCAUGAUGGGAGGUGGAGGUGGUGGUGGAUCCUCCGGAUGCUGCGGUGGUGGAUCCAGCGGUGGAUCUUCAAAGAGCAUGAUGGGAGGUGGAGGCGGUGGUGGGUCCUCUGGAUGCUGCGGUGGUGGAUCCAGCAGUGGAUCUUCAAAGAGCAUGAUGGGAGGUGGAGGCGGUGGUGGGUCCUCUGGAUGCUGCGGUGGCAGAUCUGGUGGUGGCUCUUCUGGGAUGAAGAUCAUAAUGGGAGGUGGAGGCGGUGGUGGAUCCUCUGGAUGUUGCGGUGGUGGAUCUAGUGGUGGCUCCUCAAAGAGCAUGAUGGGAGGUGGAGGCGGUGGUGGAUCCUCUGGGUGCUGUGGUGGAGGAUCCGGCGGUGGCAGUGGGGGAUCAGCCCAGAAGAUCAUCAUCAGCUCUGGUGGUGGAGGAGGAGGCUCCUCUGGAUGCUGCGGAUGGGGAUCCGGUGGUGGCUCUUCAGGAGGGAAGAUCAUCAUUGGAGGUGGAGGCGGUGGCGGAUCCUCCGGAUGCUGUGGUGGAGGAUCCAGCGGUGGCUCCUCAGGCCAGACCAUCAUCAUCAGCUCUGGAGGUGGCGGCGGAGGCUCCUCCCAGCAGAAAUGUCCCAUUGUCAUCCCCCAGACCAAGCAGAGCUCCCACUGGCCCUGCCAGCAGAAGUAACAGCCCUGGGCACUCCAGUUCCCAUUGGGAAUGGCCAUCUUUGCCUUCCAAGUCCGACCCCAGCACAUCCCCGUCCCUUGUGUUCCCUUGGUGCUGCAUCCCUGUGCUGUGAACUCCCAGGUGGCUCCUCUGUGCCAUAAAUGUGACAGGAAAUAAAGGUUUCUGUGC